AUGAUGAUUUGCUUACCGGAAGAAUGCUUUCAUGUAGUUGCAAACAUACUAUUUGAAGGUACAAAAUUAAGGGAGUAUACAAAGGGGGUUGAGAACAAUUUACGGAAAGUUGAAUUGGACUCGAUUCAGGAUUACAUAAAAGAAAGUGAUAAUUUAGUGUUGCUUCAUGAUCAAAUUCGUGAAUGUGAUAGAAUCUUGUCACAGAUGGAAACUCUCCUCAGUGGAUUUCAAGUUGAAAUUGGUUCCAUAAGUUCAGACAUAAAAGUCCUCCAAGAGAAGUCUAUGGAUAUGGGCCUGAAGCUUAAGAAUCGUAAGAUCAAUGAUGAAUACAUGAGAACUCUUGAGAUUCUGAGUAAGAAGCUGAAGUUUGUAGAAGUGGAUCCUAUGGUCAAAGCUUCAAAAGCUCUGAAAGACGUUCAACCUGAGCUUGAAAAAGUUAGGCAGAACAAUCUGCAAAGUAUUCAGUUUUUGGUUCAUCAUUGACUAUUGGAGGAGUGAUUGGUGGAUUAGUAAGUGGAAGGAUUGCAGACCUUUUUGGUCGGAAAGGUGCAAUGUGGUUCUCUGAAAUCUUCAGCUUGGUAGGGUGGCUCGCCAUUGCAUUUGGAAAGGUGCUCUCUCUUGUCCUUCAUUCCAGUUACGCUGCAUUUGAUUGUCAAUAUGUUCAAGUAAUAAGGCAAACCGGAAGUGGUGGAAAGGGUUGUAAGUUCUAACCAACUUCUAUAACUUGUAAUAACCCUAGAAUCUUUUAGGAGCCUCAGGAUUUAUAAUAAAAAACCUUCAAUCAACAAAUUGAGAAAAAAAUUAGGGAGUAUUAAAUAACUGAAUAUAUUAUUGAUAGCUUUGCCUUGAAGGCUAGUAACUCCCUUUCGUUAUGGUAACAAUUCUACACUUAGUAAACGCUGGACAUAUAGAAGAUUAAUAUUGAUUUUCUAGGAUGAUAAUUAAAUAUUCUUGACUUUUAAUCCCAAUUCACCUUGUCUUGCAUUUUCUCAAUGAAGUCACACGAAGCAUCAGGAUGUUAUGGAAGGAACUAUUCUUAGAAUGAGUUCCAACUCCCAACUAGUUUUGAAAAGAAAACCUUCUGAUUAUACCUAAUAUCUUACUUUUUUUUAUCU